UGGUGAACGAUCGUGUCAGAGGGCAAUGGAUGAAGUUAGUCAGUCGGCGUUUGCUCGCGCUGCAACCACGAUGGAAGUUCAUCCAUCGUAUUUACGUAUUCCACCCCUUUCGAAUGAAUCUUAAACUCUCUUGAUGACCAGCAUCGAAAUGUCAGGAUCCGAAAAAUCGAUCAGACCAAUCAGGCAAUUGUCCUUGCAACCACCUGCGCCCCGUCGUCACCAAGUUAGACGGCAAAGAUCCGCGGAGGAUGAAAAGUCAUUGCAGAUCUGCGCGAGUCCAUUUGCACGUGGCAAGCGUGGAACAUGUAAACUCGGCUCUGAGAGACCUAAGGUUCGCGUUGCCUGGAAGGAACCUAAAAUUCAAAGAAAUGAAGAGGAACUGGGGCAAGUUGAGGUGGUGGCUCGUCAAAUUCCAGGACGAUCGAAAUCUAGCAGCGGAAGAUCGAGAGGAUUUAUCGGGAUCGAGAAAUCAUCGAUUUUUUACUCUAGAUUAGAAUUAGCCGAGAGGUUGAGGCUCGCUUGGCAAAAUCGAGAGAAGAAUAAAGCUAAUAUAAAUAUCUUCUUGGCUCGCGAAACUUUAGACGAGAGAUGUGACUCCGAAAUAUCGAAUCAUACCACUGCUCCAUCGUCCCCUGUAAACGACAAAUCUAAGAUCGAAAUUCCUCUGGACAAUAGCUAUAAAAUGAUACAAGAUGAAGAUCGGGAGAAAGAAGACGAGAAAGUUGUUAAAAAAUUGGAAAGCAAUGAUGCGACAACUUCGGGAAGAAACGACGACAAAUUGUCUAUUAAUUUUCUACCUUUGGAGAAGAACAAAGUUUCUGUACAGGCGAAGAGCAAAGAACGGGAGAAGGUUGAUACGGAAAAGGAGCAGGUAAACGAGCAAAUAUCGAAGAAUUCAAACAUCGACGAGUAUGUUUCCUCUAUUAAGAAAAAACAGCCUUCUGACUGUUCGAAUCAUCGGCUCACGUCUACAUUACCAUCGAUCAAAGAUUUCUCAUCGGCUAAGCAAAAACGUGCAAGUUUUCAUAGCGGCACUAACCGAGCCUUCCUCGACCCAAUCAGAUCAGAGAUCAAAUGGAGCUCGAUAUCGGAGAAAAAUUCGUUUCAAAAAUCAUCGACCGACAAUCGCGUCGAAAAGAAUUUUUUAAAGCAAACGAUUGAGAAUAAAGAGAACGAUACAACGGGCGAGAAAAAUACGUCCAGAGAAAAUUCUCCGUGUAGCUCGAUUGCGAACGAGAAAGACGCGAUAGAAAAGAUAGCCGAUAAAUCGAAUUGUGUGGAUAAUAAAAAUGAGCAGAUAAAAACAAUGAUCGAAAAUAGAGAUAAUUUACAAGAUGAUAAAACGAUAACGCCAAGGGAGGCGGAUCAAUCCAAUUCGACUUGUAGAAAAAUCUCGUCUAUAAAUGACAUGCAAGUAUCAUCAAGUAUCAUCGAGAACAAAGAUGAUUCUACGAUUGAUAAAUCUUCGUCUUCGAGGAAUUCGGAAGCGAGACCUAACUCGAUGAACGAUAGAAAUCCGCCAAUAAAAAAAACGGUGGAAAAUCAAAAGACCGAGCAGAAAUCAAGGAGGACUAAUUCUGCGCCGCCACAACGGCGUUUCGAAUCAAUUUCGGUUAAUAAUAAUAAUCAUGUUAAUAUUGUAAUUGACUCAAUGAGAAAGAAUCGUAAUCAAAAAGAUCAAGAUAUGGAUUGUAAAUAUAACACGGUGGAAAAGAUAGAUACGGCUGUAACGAAGAUAUCGUCGAGUCGAAGUGUGAGAUCAGCACCAUUAAAGAGACGAUCCAGAAGUGCAAAAAGACGUUUUUGUGGCGGAGGUACGUCGAAAAAUGAGGAGGAAAAUGGAAAAUCACGGAAUAGAUCCGGUACUCGUGCAAAGAAUUCGAUCGAUUCAAGAACAAUGGACAUCGUUACAAUGGUAUCCCUUGUUAGUUCUGCAGAUAGCGAUAGCGAUAUCGAAAAUUCAUUCAGGGAUGAUAAAUUAAUUGACGAAUUGCGUAGUAAACUACCCACCACGUCGAUAAUUAAAACGUCGAUUAAUUCAGCCUUGAGUAGCGCGAGGAGGCCUAUCAAGUCAGUUUCCUUUCAGAAAGAUUCUUUCGACGAAGAAUAUAAUCUAUCAAAAGAGCAACAACUCUCGCCGAAAGAGGAGAAAAGAACGACAGAAUCAUGGUUGGCGAUCGUUGGUAACCAACGUGGAGCUACUUCGUCGAAAGAAGAAGCGGUAUCUUGGAAAACGGAUGUUACUGGUGGUGGUUUGACCCUUCCUAUCCUAGCAUUGAUUCACGAUAUUGAAGAGCCGCUUGAUGUUCCGUUGACUGAUCGCGAAAAGAGAUGUCUGGCUGUGCCUAUUUGUGAUUUACAUGAUAAAAAACAGAAAUUAUUGAAAACUCGUAAUACACGAUCUGGAAUAGAAAGACAGAUAACAUCUAUGAAAAUAAAGAGAGAGACACAAGAAUCACCGAUAAUAAUCUCCCGAAAAAUCGAUGUUUCCGCACAACAAUCCAAAACAACUAUAAAUAAUUCUAUUGUGAAUACAAAAACUACAUGUAUAUUACCUUCAAAGGAAACUCUUCAACAUAUGCAAUCUAUUGAACCACAAUUUCAAACCAACAAAGAAAAGGAAUGUUGGCAUCUUUACAAAAAAAUGUGUGACAAAGGCGUUUGCGUUUCUUUUGAUACGGUUUUAAGGGGCAUGCUUACACCAACAGAAUAUCGAUUAAGACAGAAAGAAGUCUUACAAAAUUUGUGACAAAGCAUAAUCAUUGGAAGAUUUUCUUUUGCUUAUAUAUUGUUGGUACUUUUAUAAAAAACUACAACUUGUUUAUUAUCUUUAUCUGAAAACGUAA